AUGCAUUUAGAGGUUAACACAGAGGUUUAUCAAUUUACUGUUGGUGAUAAGUUCACACUCUCUUGUUUGAUCUGUUUUGGGAUGCGUUUUAUGCAAUGGUGAUGUGCCGUGUUGUAGUCAACUGGAGUUGGAGGAAUCAAGAUUGUGAAUACGCCUUGGGUUUCAUUUUUCAAUCACAAUUACGAUGGAUACGAGAAGGAUAAUCUGCAACGAGUGCGAAAACGACUCUUUUGAAUUUGAAGACGGUUUUUUCUACUGUCAACGGUGCAGUGUUCAGGUUGAAGGUAUAAUCCAAAUCGUCGCCUACGAAGAUGAUUUCAUCGAUGAAGUUGCAUGGUCCAUACCAACAAAUGCAUGGAGAUCACCACCGCCAGCGUCGAGAUGGACGGUAGAGAUGUUGCCAAAUAUUACUGUUUUGAUGGUGGAGAAAGGAGAGUGUGUGAUAUGUUUGGAGGAAUGGUGCAAAGGUGAUAUGGAGACGGAGUUGCCAUGUAAACACAAGUAUCACUUGAAGUGUGUGAAGAAGUGGUUGGAGAUUCACUCCACGUGUCCUCAGUGUAGAUACGAGAUGAUGCCUCUUGAAGAGUGCGACAACGACGCCUUUGACGAAGAAGACGACGGAUAUUUCUACUGCAAACGAUGCGGUGUUCAGGCUGAAGAUCUUAUCCAAACCGGCGUCGACGACGGCGAUUUAAUCGGUGAUGGUGGAGGUACUCAGGGCGCAUUGUAUGACCCCAGAUAUCGCCGUACUAUACAACAACCAAUCACUCCUUCACAGCCUCGUUACACAGAUGACACAAUACGUUACACUGAAUUUAAAUCUCAGCUUAAAUCUGGAAUCGAGAAGAAGGAUUUGUCCGGGGAAGUGAAGAGAGAGCCUGAGAUUUAUCUCGAUAAAGAGCCAAUAGAGCCUGUGGAUUUUGGAGCAGAGACUUUGAGUUAUGAGGAUUAUUACGAUGAAGCAAGAGAUAGAUAUGUUAAAGCUUUUCUUAUGAUGAUUACUUAUCAGUGUGAUGCUUUGGUUGACAAGUUUAAUGUCACUCCUUUGAUUAUUGGUUUGGUUGGACCUAUCUCUUUACGUUACGUGGCUCUCUCUGGCGUCUAUGAUGAUGAUUGGGCCGAUAAAGCCAUUCGUGAUUCCGAGCUUCAAUCAGAAGAUGGUGAAAUAAAAGAUGCUAAGAGGCCUAAAACACAGAAAGCCGAGCCUCGUAACUUAGAUGGUAAAAGAGCAGUGACGAUAUGGGUUAGUCUGCUUAAAAAGACUCUGCCUUUAUCGAGUUCUUUGGCGAUAUCUUUUCUUGCUUGUCACCACGCGGGAGCACCUGUUUUACCUACGGAUAUUGUGAGAUGGGCACGAGAAGGAAAGCUUCCGUAUUUGUCUUGUUUUCUCGAUAUUCGAGAGAAAAUGGGAGAGCGAUCAGCUGCUUGUCCGGUGAAAGUAAGCAUAAUGUCUAGGCCUUUUCAGAUUAUUUCUGCUCAGAUGUUGGAAACACGAGCCGCUGUGAUUGCUGAUAUUAUUGGUUUGCCUUUGGCUCCUGUGAAUUUCUAUGGUAUAGUGUCAAACUAUAUAAAGCGGUUAUCUAUUCCCGAGGAUAAGAUUCUUGAUUUGGUGCGUCUUAUACAGAACUGGUCACUGCCUCCAGAAUUAUAUCUAUCGAAGAACGAGCUGAGGCUUCCUACCCGUGUGUGUGUCAUGUCUAUUCUUAUUGUAGCUAUACGGAUGCUUUAUAACAUAAAUGGUUUGGGUGUGUGGGAACGGAGUUUGGGGUUUGUUAAUGCUAGUGAGGCGGAUAUCGAUUCUGAAGAGUUUGAUUCUCCAGUUCAUGAUAAGGAGGUUUCAGAUACAAAUUCAGGUACUGCAGAGUUGUCAAAUGUCACGAAAGCAACCAAAUUCGAUACCAAGGAGCUUCUGAAGAACCUUGAAGCUAAAUAUUAUGAGGUCGCUGCAGAAACCCUUGAAUCCGAGAAGGAUCUGCUGUCAUAUCUAUCGCUCGGGAAAAACGAGUUCUUUGCUGGUUUGGAAGAAGAUUUACCUGACGAUACAUACAGAACUGUUGAUAACCUGUGGAAUGGUUAUCCAAAAGAGGAGGAUUUCGAACGGUGUAGGACUCCACCCAAGAGGGGGAGAGACUGGGAUGAUGAUGUAUCACUUAACCAACUUUCAUUAGAAGAUAGCAAAUUUAGCGAUGGAAACAAUCCUUGUAGUAGCCCUUCAAGGAGAAACGAAAGUGUAUCAAUGGAUCGGGAUUUAUCUUCUUCAGAACACGGAGAAUCAUCAUCACCAGAGAAUCAUCAUCAUCAAGAAGAGAAAUUAAAGGAAAGAGCGAUAAAAAGACUAAUAACAGACAUGGGAGAUAACUUGUUCUGUUACUUACCACCUCGUGUGAAGGUAAAGAGACUAGAUUAUCUACAAUAUGUGAGGAAAAAAGAAGAUGGAGCAUUGCUAUACGCGGCUCACGCAGAUUACUACAUUCUUUUGCGGGUUUGUGCUAAGGUAGCUGAGAUUGAUGUGAGGAAUAUGCAUAGAGGUGUGUUGAGCUUUGAGAGGAGAUUGGCUUGGAUUGAGAAAAGGAUAGAUCAGGUUUUGCAUCUACCUCCACCUUUUAUGACAUGUGACCACUGUUGUGAUGGUGGGAAUGCUGGAGAAGAUCAAGAUGAUUCAUAGUUUCAUACACUAACACACUUUGUUUAUAAAUUUUUGUUGUAAUAUGUUCAUAGUAUUUUCUGUAAUCUUGUAAAUCGAAUUAAGCCAAAUUAUUUAUAAUUAAUCGUUUCUUGUGCUCUUCCUUAAGUUUCUAUUUAUGGAAAAUACACUCAAAUUUCAAGA